AAUAACGCCGGUCGGGCACAAAGCAGCAUCGGAAUGUCCUUUUUCCCGCCGAUUUUUGCUCUGUCCUCCAGCAGGACAAAGUUCGCUGAGUUCUACGUGCUACAAGGACCUCCUCGACCUACCAUUACAUAAACUUUUCGUUGCGUUACGUUGCUGUACUUUUAGCAAGAGCGAACUGCCGAUUUCCCUGCGUGCAAAAUCUUCCUUCCCUCCCCCCUUUCUGAUCCGGUUGCCAUGGCUACCAACUGACAUCACCGAGAUGCCGGAGAUGGCAAAGGAUGGCCGUUGUCUUAGCCGCAUCCAUCCCUACACCGGUCGGAAUUCCACGAACUGCUCUCGAGUAUCUGUCUCUGAAAUUUGAAGAGAUUGCCCAAUGCUGUUGUCGGACAUGAUGGGCCCGGGAUGGUCAUUCUGGGUGGGCACUGUCCUGCUUCUGGCGGCCGGAUCUGUGUUUGGGUUCGACUGUGAGUUUCCAAACAGGGAAUGUGGCUGGAACUGGUCCGAGGCUUGGACGUUGCUUUCUGCCGCCAACAUCUCGGCUUUGGGUCCGACGGCGCCUCAAGCGGAUUCGGAAAAUAAUGUCAAAGGUGAGAUGUUAUACUACAGUGCCGAAGUUUCGGGACCUCAAUCGCUCUUGAAGGUUGUGAGUCCCGUGUUCGAGCCCCACACGCUGCCCACCUGCGCCCUUCAGUUUGCGCUCCACAUGUUCCGCAUGGACUUCGCUAAAUUCAAGAUGAUUAUCAAUGCUCCGAACAACUCUUGGGAGAGCACGACGUUUGAAGGAAAUAGUGCCCACAGGUGGGAGAACCAAACGCAGCCUAUCAACGUCGUCACUCAACCCUUCCAAGUCAUACUCGAAAUUCUGAAUCCUGGAACUACUUAUCCAUCUCAUGUCGCCAUCGACGACAUCAGAGCCAUCAACUGCUACCACAAGCGGAAAAUCGAGACCGACUGCACGCCUCGUCAGUUCCAGUGCGACGACCUGAUCUGCGUGGACGCAGCUCAAGUGUGCGACUUGACUGCCGAUUGCAUUGACGGGGAGGAUGAAGAACAAGAUUGUGACAAGAUUCCCGAGAGCGCUUACUGCACUUUCGAGAAGGACAUGUGCGGGUGGAACGUCAGCACCACUGAGCAUAGUGAAUGGAUAAGGAGAAGUGGCUUGUCUCCGAACGCGAGGACUGGCCCAAGUUUCGAUCAUACUUUCCAGAAUUCGACAGGAACAUAUCUAGUGGCCAAAUUCCCACCUGGGAGAUCUUUUGGAGUGCAAACAACUUUGAUAAGCCCAUGGUUCAUGCCUCCGCCAUACUAUCACAGAAACAUACACUCAGCAUACUACAACAGCUGCCAGGUGCGGUUUUUCUUCCACAAAUUCGGCAGUGGUGUUGGAGAACUGCGGGUGUACAGCCUGGAAAGCGAUGCAGCACCUCACGGUCCGAAAUUCACUGAACUGUGGAGGAGCUACGGAAACAAGGGAGACACCUGGUGGAAGGCGAUUGUCAAUUUGCCCAACAUGACCAAACCAUUUCAAGUGCAUUUUGUGGCCGGACGAGGAGUUGGUAACAGCGAUAUUGCUAUAGACGACAUCACCUUGAGCCCCGAAUGCUUUGGAAUAGGUGUUCCCGAAAAUGAAAGUAUAGUUCCAGAUGAACCUUCCAAACAAGAAGUUCCAACAUCAACGGCCGAGAAACACGAGAAACAAGUCAAAAAGUUCAUGUUCACCACAUGCGGUGCCAUCGGUCGGCUCGGUCCAAACGAGGAGCAAUGUAACGCCGCCUAUCAGAAUUCUACGACUAAGGUUUACGUGAUGACCGAUCCGACGUUGGAAGGAAUACAGAAAUGGGAAGUUCCGCAGAGCGGACUGUACACGGUGUUCGUGAAAGGUGCCGGCGGUGGUCCAGGCGUGGAUAACCGAGGCAGAAGUCUGGGUGCCUCUCUUCGGGCCACAUUCGACUGGGAAGAAGGAGACUUCAUUUACAUCCUGGUUGGGCAGAAGGGCAUCGAUCCUUGUCGAACUCUGAAACGAUCUUGUGAUAUGAGAAUCAUGAAGCGGAGCAUCGACCGACUCAGGGCCUUGAACAAAGAAUGGGAUGAAGGGGGUGGAGGUGGUGGCGGAGGAGCUACAUAUGUAUUCAAGAUCGAUCCUCUUAAUGAUCAAAGAAUCCCACUGGCCAUAGCUGGAGGGGGAGGUGGCCUGUCUGCCAGACGUCCGAAGGAUGACUCCUUCCUGAGCGUCAUGCCACACGGAUUGAUGCCCAACAAUUCCAUUCUACCCAUCAAUGGAUAUACUGGAUCUGGAGCAGGUGGAGGCGGUGGCUGGGAUGAUAAUACUAACACUGUAACAGGUGGCGAGUCCCUUCGAGAAGGAGGUCGUGGGGGCCGUGCGUGUCAGAGAUCCGAUGUAUGGCACACCGACGGAGGAUUCGGUGGGGGUGGAGGUGGUUGUGCUUCAGGCGGUGGAGGAGGUGGAUAUAGAGGAGGAGAUGCGUCUGAAGUGGAGAGUCCGUACCACAACGGACAGGGUGGCACGUCGUAUUUGAUGCCUGGCACGAUUCGGGCUCUCGUGGAGCCAGGAUCGAACCCGGAAGACGGGUCUGUCAUUAUUAUUCCUGCCCAAAGUGGAUGCGGUUGUGACUACCUAUGUGUCCAUCUGGACCUGGACAACAGCGCCUACUACUGUAUUUGUCCACCCCAUCUUACCAUCAACAUUGAUGGCUACUCAUGUAACGGACAUACAGGCAUGAGCGUGUCACCAAAAAUGCUAGUAGUCAUAAUCCUCAGCAUAGUUAUUGCUGUAUCCCUUGGAACAGUCUGCAUUUUCUUUGCCACCGCUAGAUACCGGAAGAUCCAACGCUCCAGGGACGUGAGCAACCAGCCUCUCAACAGCCCUGAUGAACAGCUGAGUCGACUUCGGAGCGGGGUGGUAGCGGGAGGCAUGAUCUCCGAGAACAAUCCCAACUACGAAUUUGGUGGCAACUCUUUCCGAGAACAGGAUCUCAAGGCUCUUCCGAGAGAAAACCUCACUCUUGUUCAUCCUUUGGGACAAGGCGCUUUUGGGGAAGUCUACCAGGGAACCCUUAAAAUGGACGACGCAGAAUUGCCUGUCGCUGUAAAAACCCUUCCCGAAAUGUCCUCAAAUCAAGCCGUAUUAGAUUUCUUAAUGGAAGCUGUUAUUAUGAGUAAAUUCAACCACCCGAACAUUGUCAGCUUCAUUGGUGUCUGCUUCGACAAAAUGCCUCGAUUCAUCGUCCUUGAGCUUCUGCCUGGGGGAGACCUCAAGAUGUUCCUCAGGGAGUGCAGACCGAAGCCGAACAAACCAUCACCUUUGACGCUCACUGACCUACUGAAACUUGCCAUAGACGUAGCUAAGGGAUGCCAGUAUUUGGAAGAAAAUCAUUUUAUCCACAGAGAUAUUGCUGCGAGGAAUUGUCUCUUGACGACAAAAGACGCGGACAGAGUGGUUAAAAUUGCUGAUUUUGGGAUGGCCAGGGACAUCUAUAGAGCUGACUACUACAGGAAAGGUGGGAAGGCAAUGCUACCUGUCAAAUGGAUGCCACCAGAGGCUUUUCUCGAUGGAAUAUUUACCUCCAAGACGGACGUCUGGUCGUACGGGGUGCUUUUAUGGGAAGUCAUAUCGCUCGGUUACAUGCCAUAUCCCGGCCGAGGUAACCAAGAAGUGAUGCAGUUAGUGACAUCUGGUGGACGUCUGGAGCCUCCCACCAAUUGUCCAGCUCCAGUAUAUCACAUCAUGAUGCAGUGUUGGCAUCCACAUCCAGAUGAGAGACCCAACUUUACUACGAUCAUUGAACGACUCGGCUACUGUAUGCAGGAUCCGGAUGUAAUCAACGCAGCCCUCCCUGUGUUUCAGAGGGCACCCUCCAUGGAGAGGGACACCACUGUCAUGAGACCCGGGGAAGAGGACGGAGCUGGAUGUUUGCAGGUACAGCGACCCGAUCCUGGCCUUCUCCUGUCUCCCGGCUCCGAAGACUAUCUAAUACCGACCCCUCACUCUUCCUACAGUUUGAACACGGAGCUCAUGUCCAGCCCGAGCAGGACCUCCACGGAACAGUUUCUGGAGAUGGAAGACAGGGGCAGCACUCCCUCGACGAGGCCGACCACAGUCUCCGAGACCAACUUCAUGACCCCAGAUACUCCGACGGAGCCUCAAUGGGGGACCUCCGGAGAGAGGACCCCUAACCGCACCCCUAUGAGGAAACAGGGGUAUACUCAGGUACCAACUGAUGACCUUGAAACCGAAAUCGUCAACCCCAAAGGAAAAAAAUUCCAGCAUAUGAAUGGAAUGGUGGCAACUGGUAAUGCUAGUAAACAAAUGAACCGCAUGUCGAGUAUCAAAUCUUUGGAUGACUUACCUAUGGCACCUGCUGUCGGUGAAAAUGAGAACCAUUUGAAUAAUCCAUCAAGCUCAGCCAACCAGAAGUCCAACCUCUCAUUGGAUCCUGGUGCUCUGGUUCAGCACAUGAGCGGCAACCCUGGACACAAUCGAACCCCCAACCGCUAUAUCAGUGUCGCAGGGGACGUUGACGUCAACUGCAACACUGGCAACAGCAACUCCUCUCUUUCCUCCAGGGGUGGCUUGCUGAACCAGAACCAUGUUUCGGGUCCAUUCGAUGGUUAUGCGGGCGUAAACCCGGUAGCUUGAGGUUGUGAAGGAUAAAGAAUGACCAAGAUUCAUAAACCUUCUUAGGACUGAAAGUAUUGUGGUAGCUGUGAAAUACUUCUGAAGGACUAGAACAUAAUUGCUCAUUACUGGAAUUUAUUUAGUAAUAUGAAUAAAAUGACAGACGUAAGAAAGUGUCAAUUGAAAAAAAGAAUUGUUUUAUAACCACAUUUUUGUGAAUCAUAAAGUAUUAUGGUACAAGAAAGAAUAGUUUCUGUAAACUAAGGAACUUUUGCAGUUUUAUCGAUGCCAAAGAGGUUAUCAUUAAAGAUUACGAGCAAAUCAGCUAUUGAGAAACAGUUGAUACGAAACACUGUAAGCAACUGAUAUGAUUGCACAUUGUAUUCUUCGUUAUUUUUGUGCAAUAUUUUUCUCUCCUUGCUGGACGAUACUGCGAGAGGCAAAUAUUACUUUUUUUACCUACCAAUAGAUUAAACCGAUGAAAUAUCGUACUUUCAACCCAAGAGAAAAAUUGUGAAAGUUUUACUCUAUUCUAAUACAACUUUAAUGAGACUGACAUUGAAUUCCUUGAAUCAGAAGUUAAUCAUGAAGGUAACUCUUGAGAAUAGGUCCUCUGACUCGCAGCUGCGAAAACAGCUGGAUUUAAUUUAUUUAAUUAUUUAAAUACAGUGCAUUUGGUUAAAAACAUAUAGCUGCGUACUUUUGUGGCAUAAAACCGAUAUCAGUGAUAAAAAUGAUACAAAUAUUAUUGUGGUAAAAAAGUAAACUAAAAGACAUGAAAAAAAUUGAAGAAAUGAAAAAGUGUAUUUCUUAAUGUUUUUAUUUCCACGCUGAUAUCAAAGGGCUGCAAGAAAACUUUUUGUCGUUCUCUAAUAUUAACGUUUUAAGUCUUUUUUAUUAAGCAAAAGUAAAAAAUUCAUAAUUUAAUUAAUGUAUGUUGCUAUUUAUGCAUUAAUAAAUUUAUUUAAUGCAAAUUUAAAUUUAGAAUUUUUAAGAUUGCUUUUUAAAAUAGUUAUCCGUGAUUUAAUUUAUGUGUCAAUAUAUUUUAAUAAAAAUAAGUUACUGAAAAUUUUGA